AUGGAGGUUGCCGGCUGUAUCCUGGUAAUCGCUGCUUUCCUUGGGAUUCUUUCUGCUCCUCCUUUCAUAGCACUGUCGUCUGCACAAACCCUUCCUGGGCCCCUCCUCCCUGAGGCUCGGCCGCUGGAUGCGCUUCUUCAGGAUUACGCCUACCGCGCAUUCGACCGCCCACGCACGGGGCGGCCUUAUGCAGCCGUCGUCCCUUCCAAUCUCUCUGGGAUCAGUCUCUCCGUGAUGAGACUCCGGAGCGGGAGCUUCAGGUUCAGGGGCUAUAAAAGCUUCAAUGAAUUCGAAAUUCCCGUCGGAGUCGUCGUGAAACCAUAUGUUGAGAGGCUUGCACUGGUGUAUCAGAAUCUGGGCAACCUGUCUUCCUUGUACUAUCGUCUCCCGGGCUAUACCUUGGUAGCUCCAGUGCUCGGUCUUCUUGCUUACGAUGCCACGAAUCUGUCAGCAACCAACUUACCAGAGCUGGAUAUGGCGGCUUCCCUUGAACCCAUCUCGGUCAGAUUCGGGGGCAUUAGCCGGCCGAGCGGAAUCACUGCCAAGUGCGUGGUGUUCAACCUCGACGGGUCGAUUGGGCUGAAUGAUUCAACUCCUGAUAACGUCUGUAAGACGUACCGCCAGGGCCAUUUCUCCAUCGUCGUCGACUCUGCUGACCUCGCUCCUUCCCCAUCUCCGAGCUUGACACCUCCUCGAUCUAAGGGGACCAACAUGUCGAGGGUCUGGAAAAUCGUCGGAUCUGUGGUCGGCGGGUUCCUGUUCUUGUUGCUGCUGUCGCUGCUGGUCUUCUGCAUAAGCAGGUACAGACAGAACAGGAAGAUGGAGAGGAUGACCGAGCGUGCAGAAGCGGGAGAGGUCUUGCAGAAGCGGAGAGUAGGGAGUGCUCAGUUGCCCACGGCUUCCAUGAUAAGGACGAGGCCGGCUCUUGAGGACGAGUUAGCACCACCAUAG